AGCAAUCACGGGUGUUUAGUCUGCAGCCGAGCCGAGAAAGGGAGCGCGAACCGCCCGCGGAGGAGCCGCCGCAGACCCCGCCGCCGGCACCCUGCCCUGCAUGGAUUCCGACGGCUGGCGCGGGGCGCCGCGGAGGUGACGCGCCGAUUCUGCCUGCACCGCGGCCAGCCGGCCAGGCAGAGGCGAGGGUUGGGGGACUCCAUGCCGGGGAUAUCUGGAAGUCGUGACACGGUGUGUAUGCAACAAAAGUUUGCGAGCGGUUAAUUGCUGCUGUGUUAUUAAGAGGCGCUUUCAAGUUUCAAGUACCAAAUGUAGCUUAGCUUUAAGUUGCCAAAGGAAGUUGGGGGAAUUGCUUUGCUGUUUUAAGUUGCUUUGCGAGAGGAACCUCAUAAACCGACCGAUGUACCAAACGAAUGCUAAAAUGCACUUUAGAUUUGUUUUUGCACUCCUGAUGGUGUCUUUCAACUCCGAUGUGUGGGGCAAGAAUUUGAAAUACAGGAUUUAUGAGGAGCAGAGGGUUGGAUCGGUAAUUGCACGACUAUCAGAGGAUGUGGCUGAUGUUUUAGUGAAGCUACCUUAUCCUUCUACUGUGCGUUUUCGAGCCAUGCAGAGGGGAAAUUCUCCUCUGCUCGUAGUGAAUGAGGAUAACGGGGAAAUCAGCAUUGGGGCGAAAAUUGACCGGGAACAGCUGUGCCAGAAAAACUUGAACUGUUCCAUAGAGUUUGAUGUGAUCACUCUGCCCACUGAGCAUCUGCAGCUUUUCCAUAUUGAAGUUGAAGUGCUGGAUAUUAAUGACAAUGCUCCUCAGUUUUCACGAUCUCUCAUUCCUAUCGAGAUCUCAGAGAGUGCGGCCGUUGGGACUCGCAUCCCCCUGGACAGUGCAUUUGAUCCAGAUGUUGGGGAGAAUUCCCUCCACACGUACUCUCUCUCUGCCAAUGAUUUUUUUAAUAUUGAGGUUCGGACCAGGACUGAUGGAGCCAAGUAUGCAGAACUCAUAGUGGUCAGAGAGCUGGAUAGGGAGCUGAAGUCGAGCUACGAGCUUCAGCUCACUGCUUCAGACAUGGGGGUGCCUCAGAGGUCUGGCUCAUCCAUACUGAAAAUCAGCAUUUCCGACUCCAAUGACAACAGCCCGGCUUUUGAGCAGCAGUCUUACAUAAUUCAACUCUUAGAAAACUCCCCCGUUGGCACUUUGCUCCUAGAUCUGAAUGCCACGGAUCCAGAUGAGGGCGCCAAUGGGAAAAUUGUAUAUUCCUUCAGCAGUCAUGUGUCUCCCAAAAUUAUAGAGACUUUUAAAAUUGAUUCAGAAAGAGGACAUUUGACUCUUUUCAAGCAAGUGGAUUAUGAAAUCACCAAAUCCUAUGAGAUUGAUGUUCAGGCUCAAGAUUUGGGUCCGAACUCAAUCCCGGCUCAUUGCAAGAUUAUAAUUAAGGUUGUGGAUGUUAAUGACAAUAAACCUGAAAUUAACAUAAACCUCAUGUCCCCUGGGAAAGAAGAAAUAUCUUAUAUUUUUGAAGGGGAUCCUGUUGAUUCAUUUGUUGCUUUGGUCAGGGUUCAGGACAAGGACUCUGGGCUGAAUGGAGAAAUAGUUUGUAAGCUUCAUGGACAUGGUCACUUUAAACUUCAGCAGAGUUAUGAAAACAACUAUUUAAUCUUGACGAAUGCCACACUGGAUAGAGAAAAAAGAUCUGAAUACAGUUUGACUGUGAUUGCUGAGGACAAGGGGACACCCAGUCUCUCCACAGUAAAGCAUUUCACUGUUCAAAUCAGUGAUAUAAAUGACAAUCCUCCCUACUUCCAGAGAAGUCGGUAUGAAUUAGCAAUCUCCGAGAAUAACUCGCCGGGGGCAUUUAUCACCGCUGUUACUGCCACAGACCCUGAUGAUGGAGAAAAUGGGCAAGUUACAUACACUAUUUUGGAGAGUUUUAUCCUGGGAAGUUCCAUAACUACAUAUGUUACCAUUGACCCAUCGAAUGGACACAUCUAUGCCCUCAGAAUUUUUGAUCAUGAAGAAGUCAGUCAGAUAACUUUUGUGGUUGAAGCAAGAGAUGGAGGAAGUCCAAAGCAACUUGUGAGCAACACCACCGUUGUGCUCACCAUCAUUGAUGAAAAUGACAAUGUCCCCGUGGUCAUAGGGCCUGCGCUGCGCAAUAAUACUGCAGAAAUCUCCAUCCCCAAAGGGGCUGAAAGUGGCUUUCACGUCACAAGAGUAAGGGCAAUUGACAGAGACUCUGGUGUGAAUGCUGAACUCAGCUGCUCCAUAGUAGCAGGAAAUGAGGAUAAUAUCUUUAUAAUUGACCCACGAUCAUGUGACAUCCAUACCAAUGUGAGCAUGGAAUCUGUUCCCCACGCAGAGUGGGAGCUCGCAGUUAUCAUCCAGGACAAAGGCAAUCCUCAGCUGCAUACCAAAGUCCUUCUGAAGUGUGUGGUCUUUGACUACACAGAGUCAGUGACAAGUACAGCAAUGACCCCAGUGAGCCAAGAAUCUUUGGAUGUCUCCAUGAUUAUAAUUAUUUCCUUAGGAGCAAUUUGUGCAGUGUUGCUGGUUAUUAUGGUGCUGUUUGCAACCAGGUGUAACCGAGAAAAGAAAGACACAAGAUCCUACAACUGCAGGGUGGCAGAAUCAACUUACCAGCACCACCCCAAAAGGCCAUCCAGGCAGAUCCACAAAGGGGACAUUACGUUGGUGCCUACCAUCAAUGGCACUCUACCCAUCAGAUCUCAUCACAGGUCGUCUCCAUCUUCAUCUCCCACCUUAGAAAGAGGGCAGAUGGGCAGCCGGCAGAGUCACAACAGUCACCAGUCCCUCAACAGUUUGGUGACAAUCUCAUCGAACCACGUGCCAGAAAAUUUCUCAUUAGAACUCACCCAUGCCACUCCUGCGGUUGAGCAGGUCUCCCAGCUCCUUUCAAUGCUUCACCAGGGGCAAUAUCAGCCAAGGCCAAGUUUUCGAGGAAACAAAUAUUCUAGGAGCUAUAGAUAUGCCCUUCAAGACAUGGACAAAUUUAGCUUGAAAGACAGUGGCCGUGGUGACAGUGAAGCAGGGGACAGUGAUUAUGAUUUAGGGCGAGAUUCUCCAAUAGACAGGCUGCUGGGCGAAGGAUUCAGCGACCUGUUUCUGACAGAUGGAAGAAUCCCGGCAGCCAUGAGGCUCUGCACGGAGGAGUGCAGGGUCCUGGGACACUCGGACCAGUGCUGGAUGCCGCCGCUGCCCUCGCCCUCCUCCGACUACCGCAGCAACAUGUUCAUCCCGGGGGAAGAGUUCCCAGCGCAGCCCCAGCAGCAGCACCCGCACCCGGGGCUGGACGAGGACGCCCAGCCUGGGGAUGCCGGCGAGAAGAAGAAGAGUUUCUCCACCUUUGGGAAGGACUCCCCGAACGAGGAGGACGCGGGGGACAAAAGCACAUCCUCGCUGCUCUCGGAGAUGAGCAGCGUGUUCCAGCGCCUCCUGCCCCCGUCCCUGGACACCUACGCCGAGGGCAGUGAGGCGGAUCGGUCCAACUCCCUGGAGCGCAGGAAGGGGCCUUUGCCGGCCAAGGCCGCGGGCUACCCGCCGGGCGUGGCGGCCUGGGCGGCCAGCACGCACUUCCAGAACCCCGCGGCCAGCCCCGCGCCCGCCCUGGGGGCCCACCCCGGGGCACAGCCCUCGUCCAAGUGGCUGCCGGCCAUGGAGGAGAUCCCCGAAAAUUACGAAGAAGACGACUUUGACAACGUACUCAACCACCUCAACGAUGGGAAACACGAACUCAUGGACGCCAGUGAGCUGGUGGCCGAGAUUAACAAGCUGCUCCAAGACGUGCGCCAGAGCUAGGAGACUUGAGAAGCGUUUUUUGUUUCCAUAUGUGUGGAAAUGGGGGACAGAGAAAACCCUGAAAGAACGGGCAUUGCCAAAUCGUUGCAUUUAUCAUAAAUGUGUCUGUGUAUAUUGAAUAUUAAAUACUGUAUUUUCGUAUGUACACAAUGCAAGUGUGAUUAUUUUAAUCUGUAUUUUAAAAAUACAUUUGUACCUUAUAUUUAUGUGUAAUUUAACAGACAAAUUUUAUUUUUUUACUCCCAUGACAAACAUGUCUUUCCUAAUCAUGUAGAACAUAGCCACUGUUCAAUUCUGAUAUACUAUUCAACCAGAAAAUACAAAGGCACUGCUUAGAUGAGUUACGUUGGGGAAGAAAGUGUUAUGCCGUAGGAUCAGCCCCACUAAAGCAUUAUAGAGUUCUCACUUCUAUUAAGGCACCCAACUUUUUCUCCAAUACUUUUUAAAU